UGCCACCAGAAGUCAUCACAAAGUUUCAACACCUCCAAGUUUCGGUUACUCUACAGACAAGCAAACCAAAAAACCAACAGGAUGCCUUGCAAGGGAUGCGGAAACAACUGCCAGUGCUCAGCCGGAAAGUGCGGAGGAAACUGCGCCGGAAACAGCCAAUGCCAAUGCGCCGCCAAGACGGGAGCCAAAUGCUGCCAGGCCAAGUGAUUGGCGUCUAUAUAAAGCCCUAUUUAUAUAGUUCUUAUUAGCUAAUCUCCGACUGAAGCUGAAUAACACCCGUUGUAAUGUUAUAGUAAAUUUAAUUAUUUAUUAAUUUGAACCCCAGAGAACUACAGGCUAAAAUACAACCAUUAGGACUUCUAAAAUAGUACUCUAUUUUUUGCCCUGUUGAAGUUAAAGAGUCACAUUUUUAUGAAAAUGUUUAAAAGGUUUUUGUAAAUCUGUAGGAAAAACUAAAUUCAUUAAAAGUCACUAAAAUAAGAAA